CGAAGUAUAGAGGAUAGAACAAGUUUAGCCUGAAACCAGGUUGAGAAGCAAGUCUGGAUGUACUUGGGCAUGCUCUGAGGACGGCGCUGAGUGUAUGUUUAAUAGGUUAUCUUGCACGUCACAUCCCUUCUGCUAAAGAUGCUUAUUGCUUUUCGGUGGCCAUCUUCAGCUCAACCAGGAAGAGUUUUUCUCAUGUAGCCAUGCAGAAAUCCAUGCGUGAGCAGUGUGUCUUUUGGCAUGUGCUGUGAUGCUGCAGCGAGCUGUGAAGUCAGCGCGUUGAGGAUUUACUGAGACCAAAUAGCUGGGCUGAGCCCGCUCGCUCCGGUAGAAGAGUCUCUGCUGGAGAAGUAUGGAUUCCCCGAAGCUGGGACGGAGACCAGGUGCUACACAAAUCACGCGCUGUCAUACGACCAAGCGAAGCGGGUGCCUAGAUGGGUGAUUGAGCAUAUUUCAAAGCAGAAGACGCUAGGUAAUGCAGACCGAAGGCACUGUAAGUUCAGACCAGAUCCUAACAUCCCUCUAAUGUUUAGUGCUGUCAAUGAAGACUACGUUGGGAGCGGCUGGUCACGAGGACACAUGGCACCAGCAGGAGAUAACAAAUUUUCAACAAGAGCCAUGGCUGAAACAUUUUAUCUUUCUAACAUUGUGCCUCAGAAUUAUGAAAAUAAUGCUGGAUUUUGGAACAGAAUGGAAAUGUAUUGUCGGGAAUUGACUGAGAGAUUUGAGGAUGUUUGGAUUGUUUCUGGACCUCUUACCUUGCCUGAAACAGGUGGUGAUGGAAAGAAGAGAGUUACUUAUCAGGUAAUUGGAAAGGAUGAUGUAGCUGUGCCAUCCCACCUCUACAAAGUGAUCCUUGCCAGACGGAGCAGAGCAACCACAGAGCCGUUGGUCCUGGGGGCUUUUGUGGUGCCCAAUGAUCCUGUAGGCUUCAGUCACCAACUGACUGAGUUCCAAGUAAAUAUCGAAGACCUGGAAAAAAUGUCAGGUUUGGUUUUCUUCCCCCAGGUGGACAAAACCAAAGAUGUCAAAAAUAUUUGUGAUGUGGACACCUGUAAACUGAUGGGUUUCAAGGAAUUUACAUUAUAUAUCACUACUCGAAAAGUGCAAAGUGCUCGUACGUUGCACCGGUUGGAGAAAGCCAUGUCAGAGUUAAGGGAGGCGGGAAUUGAACCUGACGAGUAUCUUCUAAAGCUUCACAAGAGGAAGGAGGAAGAACUGAUGCAGGAAAAACAAAUAGAAGCUAGAGAGGGGAAAGCUGGUUGAGUGCUUGUUCAGGAACAUGUUUGGGUUUCGUACUUUAAGAAGGCGGCUGUAGGCGAACAAAAUAGAGCUUUCUGAAUUACCUGUUUUGAAUGGUGAAAGAAUAAAGAAACAUUUGGAAGUUGA